AUGAUAAAAGUACCAAGGGCCAAACUGUUGGACGGAGCCAUUAGGGGUCCGCCCGAGUCCCCCUGUGGAGGCCUGUGUUUCAGCAGUAAUCUCCUGUAUGAUGACACCUUAUCUAUAGUUUGUGCAGAUAAUCACCAAACCAGAGAGGCCGACCCCGGGGCCAGAGGACUUUCUUCUCCUCUUCAUCGUCUCCUCACUCUCUCCUUCUCCUCCUCUUCAUCGUCUCCUCACUCUCUCCUUCUCCUCCUCCAGUUCUCUCCUCCUCUUCUCCUUCUCCAGUUCACAUCACUCCUCUCUCUCUCCUCAUCUUCUUCUCUCUCUCUCCUCAUCUUCUCUCUCUUUCCUCACUCUCUCCUCAUCCUCUCCUCAUCUUCUCUCUUUCCUCACUCCCUCCUCAUCCUCUCUCCUCACUCUCUCCUCAUCCUCUCCUCACUCUCAUCUCCUCCUCAUUCUCUCUCUCUCCACAUCCUCUCCUCUCUCUCACUCCUUAUCUUCUCCUCAUUUUCUCCUCACUCUCUCCUCACUCAUCUUUUCCCCUCUCCUCAUCCUCCCCUCACUCUCUCCAAACCCUCUCCUCACUCUCUCCGCGUCCUCCCCUCAUCCUCUCCUCAUCCUCUCCUCACUCUCAUCUCCUCCUCCUUCUCUCUCUCUCCUCAUCCUCCCCUCUCUCUCUACUCAUCCUCUCCUCACUCUCAUCUCCUCCUCAUUCUCUCUCUCUCCCCAUCCUCCCCUCACCCUCUCCUCACUCUCAUCUCCUCCUUCUCUCUCUCUCCUCAUCCUCCCCUCACUCUCUCCAAACCCUCUCCUCACUCUCUCCUCGUCCUCCCCUCAUCCUCUCCUCACUCUCAUCUCCUCCUCCUCCUCACUCUCUCCUCAUCCUCCCCUCUCUCUCCCCUCACCCUCUCCUCACUCUCAUCUCCUCCUCAUUCUCUCUCUCUCCCCAUCCUCCUCUCAUCCUCUCCUCACUCUCAUCUCCUCCUCAUUCUCUCUCUCUCCUCGUCCUCCCCUCUCUCUCUCCUCAUCCUCUCCUCACUCUCAUCUCCUCCUCCUUCUCUCUCUCUCCUCCUCCUCCUCUCCUCCUCAUCCCUCCGUCGUCACCAAACGCAGUGUCCGCGGCAGAAGUGUGUUUUUGCUGAUUGA